CCUCCCGCCGCAGGUUUCCAAUCGAUUGCUCGCUAAGAAGCUCGGGUGGGAGCUGAGGCUCAGAAGUCCUGUGCAGGUGGGUGGGCGCAUGCGCAGCGCGCGCUCUCACAAGCCGACCCGGGGCGAGUAGAGCUACCAGAUACUUUUGCCAUAUGAAGUUGAACAUGGCGGAAGAAGAGGACUAUAUGUCUGAUUCCUUCAUUAAUGUCCAACAAGACAUCAGACCAGGAUUGCCAAUGCUGAGGCAAAUCCGAGAAGCUCGUCGAAAAGAAGAAAAGCAACAGGAAGCUAAUUUGAAAAACAGACAGAAGAGUUUAAAAGAAGAAGAACAAGAAAGACGUGACAUUGGAUUGAAGAAUGCACUAGGCUGUGAAAACAAAGGGUUUGCUUUGCUCCAAAAAAUGGGAUAUAAAAGUGGUCAGGCCCUUGGCAAAAGUGGAGGUGGUAUUGUUGAACCAAUUCCUCUCAACGUCAAAACAGGGAAAAGUGGCAUCGGUCAUGAGGCAUUACUGAAGCGGAAAGCAGAGGAAAAACUAGAAAACUAUAGAAGAAAGAUCCACGUGAAAACCCAAGCCGAAGAAAAAGCCGCAGAGCAGUUUCGACUGCGAUUGAAACAUAAGCAGGAUGAAGUGAAGCUGGAAGGGGACCUUAGAAGAAGCCAGCGAGCCUGCCAGCAGUUGGAUACUCAGAAGAAUAUUCAGGUUCCUAGGGAAUCAUGGUACUGGUUGGGGCUUGAAGAGGAAACCGAGGAAGAGGAAGAGGAAGAAAAAGAACACGAUGAAGAUGAAUAUAAGAGUGAAGACUUGAGUGUACUGGAAAAAUUACAAAUAUUGACUGGUUAUUUAAGAGAAGAACAUCUGUAUUGCAUUUGGUGUGGAACAGCCUAUGAAGAUAAAGAAGACCUCUCUUCAAAUUGCCCAGGACCAACUUCUGCAGAUCAUGACUAAGAUUAUUCUCAAUAAAGUAGAAACUUGGAAAAUGUUACUGUUUUCUAAAAAUAAACAAUUGAGCAGUUAGAAUUCCCAAAUUAUGCCAGUUAAAGAAAGAGGGCCUUUUUAUAUGUUUUGUUCUUUUUGUGAUUUUAGAAGCACUUUGUACUUUAUAGUUGUUCAUUGAUUUCAAAAAAAAAAAAAUAACAAUGCUGUUUCAGAACGCAAGUGUUAUAGACAUGGGCAAACACAAUUUGUGACUCUGUUGUGAUGCUAUGGGGCUCAAGGACACCAACAGGUAACUCCCUCAUUCCUCUCUUCACUUUGGAACAAAGUGAGAAGUAAGACAUGGGAGUCAGAGAGAGAUUAACAUGUCAGCUUUAUUAUAAGUGACGUUGAGAUAGAGAGCAAGGUUGACUUGUUCUCCUAUUAGGCUCCCUAAAAUAUCUCCCUGACUGGACACAACUACAGACCUCUGCCUUGCCGGGGAUGGAGCCUACCUUUGCCUUCUGAGAGCAUUUAGCUUUCAAGGAGAGAGGACCCACCAGGGGCGGGGCCACACAUGCUAAGUUCCUUCUCCCAAAAUCACAUCUCAGAUAAGACACUUCUCUGUGGAGAGGGAAUGAACGACGGUUCACAGAGCUUGCUCCCAUACUUCUCUCUCCCAAGGCGCAAGAAAAAGUCCCUUCCCUCCAUGCAGAUAGGAGGAAGGAAAAGCAUUCCCCUCAAUACGACUGAUGUCAGGCGAUGUUCCAUUAACACUACUUCAUUCUAGCCAAUUUCAGAAACAAAAUAAUUAUGAUACUUGUGGGAAAAUCAUGAGUUUUCAUGACAGUGUGUAUAUCCACUAUAAGUGAAGAUUGCAAAUUUUAGCUAAAGAAACUUUAGAAUUGGAAGUAAUCUUAACUAUCAGGUUAUCCAAGUACUUCCUAAAUUUGGGAGCCCUUGGACAACAUUCCCAGCAGUUUGCAAUCUAACCUCUGCCUUUAUUUCUCCAGCCACAGAGAGCUCACUGCCUUAAAAUGGAUUGUUCCAUUGCUGGGUAGCUAUAAGUGAUUUUUAAAGUUUUUUUUCUAAAAUCUGCUUCUCUAUAAUGUCACCACAUAUAGCUAAGGACAUACCAUGUAGCACACCUCUAGAUAUCUUCAGACAAAAUUGGGCAUCAAAAAUCAUGAACUUUUUUUAAAGUUCACAAGCUCAGGUACCACCCCUAGUGAUUUUGAUUCGGCUAGUCUAGGGUAGUUUCUAGAUAUCUGUAUUUGUAUAAAGUGCUAAGAAUACAUCUGAUAAGCACCUGUGUGUUAGGACUAGUGCUACAGGUUAAAUACAGAGCACUGUUACAUUCUUGGGGAUCCAGUUUUAUAGCUAACCUCUCUCUCAGUACCACUGAGCAAGAGAUCAGCCUCUUUUAUUAGAAACAGUAUACACAAGAACAGAGCAAAAGCAUAACCUGUAUUUGCAUAAGUUAAGAUAAUCAAUAGCACAACUUGUAUCAGCCUUUGCCCUAAUAUAACCUAAUUCAUUUGUUGUCAAGUUUAGCUUGGGGAGCUUUAAAAAUGAUAAUACAAGGGGUGCCUGGGUGGCUCAGUCGGUUAAGUGACUCUUCAUCAUCACAAUUUCGUGAGUUGAAGCCCCACAUCAGGCUCUGCGCUGACAGUUUCCCAUCGGCAGAGGUUCUGAUGUAAUUGGUCACUGUGGCCUGAGCGUGACCACCUUUGACUCUGAGAUGCAGCAAAACUUGAGAAUCACUACACUAGUUAACUUCUGGGUGGGCCUCAGUUCUUCUUCAUUUCAUCCAGAAAAUGAAGCAUUAUUUUUAUGAAUAUAAACACACAUAUAAAAUACUAGAGCUUAUACUGUUGUAUAAUAGUAUUAAAUAUUUACUUUUUCACUUAACAAUAAAAUUGUAUUAGUAGCUGAAACAAAGGAGUUCAUCUUUCCUGGGAAUUACAGUCAGAUACUCUCCCGUCAUUUCAGCCAGUAUACUGACAUCCAUGCAGUCAUUCCCAAAGCCAUGUGGGUUGUUUCAGAUGGAAUGGAGUUAGUCACCAGCUUCCAUUUCUACUACUGUGGGGACAACCAUCCACCUGCCUAAUGGCCAAGAAUAUUUUUAAUACGUUCAUGCUCAGAAUACGGGAAUAACUUUGAUAGAAUCCAUGACUCCACCAGAUUUGUGGUUCACAUUUCCAGGUCAAGGCUUAAAACUAGGCUUACCUUGGAGAGUGGGAAACAUUCCUUAUUCUUAUCCAUUGACAAUUAAAAAUACAGGCUUCCAGGGCGCCUGCGUGGCUCAGUCAGUUAAGCGUCCAACUAUUGAUUUUGGCUCAGGUCAUCAUGAAAUGGAGCCCUGCAUCUGGCUCUGCACUGACAUCACAGAGCCUGCUUGGGAUUCUCUCUCCCUCUCUCUCUGUUCCUCCCUGCUUGUACUUUCUUUUCCUCUCAAAAAUACAUAAUAAACUUAAAAAAAAAAAAUACAUGGGGCGCCUGGGUGGCGCAGUCGGUUAAGCGUCCGACUUCAGCCAGGUCACGAUCUCACGGUCCGUGAGUUCGAGCCCCGCGUCAGGCUCUGGGCUGAUGGCUCGGAGCCUGGAGCCUGUUUCCGAUUCUGUGUCUCCCUCUCUCUCUGCCCCUCCCCCGUUCAUGCUAUGUCUCUCUCUGUCCCAAAAAUAAAUUAAAAAAAAAAAAAAUAC